GUGUGCGUUUGGGGGACUUCUGCUGCUGCUUUCUCCUUUAGGUUUGUUUGAGCCGAGACGCGGCGACCCCGGCAGCCGGCUCGAGUGUCCCUGUCUUUGAGCGAAGGUAGCUUUUGCGGAGAGCAGUUCGGGAGCUCUCCUCCAUGCCGGGCAGGUGGUGCGGUCCUGAGCUGGUCCCGGAGCCCGAACGACGCCUGUGAGAAGCCCGCAGAACGCGGGUUCCGUGAAUAGACGUGGGGAAGAUUCGAUUCCGAGAAAAGGAAGAGCCGGAUUGAAAGGGAGCGAGGCCGCUGAGGGGGAGGGGGCUGCCAAGAUGGCGUCCGCCUCCUCGGGGCCAGCGGCGGCCGGGUUUUCAUCCCUUGAUACCGGGGUCCCUGCCGGUACCGCAGCAGCAGCAUCUGGAAUCAAGAGAACCAUAGGAUCUGAGGGACCUAAUGCCUCUGUCAUGCCUAUCAAGAAAAUAGGCCACCGAAGUGUUGAUCCCUCUGGAGAAACUACAUAUAAAAAGACAACUUCAUCAGCCUUGAAAGGUGCCAUCCAGUUAGGCAUCACCCACACAGUGGGCAGCCUGAGUACCAAGCCAGAGCGAGAUGUCCUCAUGCAAGACUUCUACGUGGUGGAGAGUAUCUUCUUUCCCAGUGAAGGGAGCAACCUCACACCAGCUCAUCAUUACAAUGACUUUCGUUUCAAGACCUAUGCACCUGUUGCCUUCCGUUACUUUAGAGAGCUAUUUGGCAUCCGACCUGAUGAUUACUUGUACUCCCUUUGCAGUGAGCCAUUGAUUGAACUCUCCAACUCUGGAGCUAGUGGUUCCCUCUUCUAUGUGUCCAGUGAUGAUGAGUUCAUCAUUAAGACAGUCCAGCAUAAAGAAGCAGAAUUUCUGCAGAAGUUGCUUCCAGGGUACUACAUGAAUCUUAACCAAAACCCUCGAACUUUGCUGCCUAAAUUCUAUGGACUGUACUGUGUGCAAGCAGGCGGCAAGAACAUACGAAUCGUGGUGAUGAACAAUCUCUUACCUCGGUCAGUCAAAAUGCAUAUGAAAUAUGACCUGAAGGGUUCAACUUAUAAACGGCGGGCUUCUCAGAAAGAACGAGAAAAACUUCUCCCUACCUUUAAAGACCUGGACUUCCUACAAGAUAUCCCUGACGGUCUUUUUUUAGAUGCUGACAUGUAUAGUGCUCUGUGUAAGACUCUGCAGCGUGACUGUUUGGUGCUACAGAGCUUCAAGAUAAUGGACUAUAGCCUCCUGAUGUCAAUCCACAACAUAGAUCAUGCACAGCGAGAGCCCAUUAACAAUGAAGCACAAUACGCAGUUGACACUCGAAGACCAGCCCCACAGAAGGCUCUCUACUCCACAGCCAUGGAAUCCAUCCAGGGCGAGGCUCGACGGGGCGGCACUGUGGAGACUGAGGACCACAUGGGUGGCAUCCCUGCCCGGAAUAACAAAGGGGAAAGGCUCCUGCUUUAUAUUGGCAUCAUUGAUAUUCUGCAGUCUUACAGGUUUGUUAAGAAGUUGGAGCACUCUUGGAAAGCACUGGUACAUGAUGGGGACACAGUAUCAGUGCAUCGUCCAGGCUUCUAUGCUGAACGGUUCCAGCGCUUCAUGUGCAACACAGUGUUCAAGAAGAUUCCCUUGAAGCCUUCUCCUUCCAAAAAGUUUCGGUCUGGCUCGUCUUUCUCUCGGCGAUCAGGCCCCAGCGGCAACUCCUGCGUUACUUACCAGCCAUCGGUGUCUGGGGAGCACAAGGCACAAGUGACAACACAGGCAGCCGUGGAGCCAGAUGUACACCGUGGGCGUCCUGAUGUCUUACCUCAGACUCCACCUUUGGAGGAAAUCAGUGAGGGCUCACCUGUUCCUGGCCCCAGUUUCUCACCUGGAGUUGGAGAGCCUUUGCAAAUACUAAAUUUGAGUGUGGACAACAGUGAGUACAUGCGGAAUGGAGACUUCCUUCCCACCCGGCUGCAGGCCCAGCAGGAUGCCGUCAAUAUCGUAUGUCACUCAAAGACCCGAAGCAACCCUGAGAAUAACGUGGGCCUCAUCACACUGGCCAAUGACUGUGAAGUGCUGACCACACUCACCCCUGACACUGGCCGCAUCCUCUCCAAGCUCCAUACUGUCCAACCCAAGGGCAAGAUCACCUUCUGCACCGGCAUUCGAGUGGCCCAUCUGGCUCUGAAGCACCGCCAGGGCAAGAAUCACAAGAUGCGCAUCAUUGCCUUCGUGGGUAGCCCUGUGGAGGACAACGAGAAGGAUCUGGUGAAACUAGCCAAACGCCUCAAGAAAGAAAAAGUGAAUGUUGACAUCAUCAAUUUUGGGGAGGAGGAGGUGAACACAGAGAAGCUGACAUCCUUUGUGAACACACUGAAUGGCAAGGAUGGAACCGGAUCACAUCUGGUGACGGUGCCUCCUGGACCCAGCUUGGCUGAUGCCCUCAUCAGUUCUCCUAUUCUGGCCGGUGAAGGCGGUGCCAUGCUGGGUCUUGGUGCCAGUGACUUCGAGUUUGGAGUAGACCCCAGUGCUGAUCCUGAGUUGGCCCUAGCUCUUCGUGUUUCUAUGGAAGAGCAGCGGCAGCGGCAGGAGGAGGAGGCACGGCGGGCGGCUGCAGCCUCUGCAGCCGAGGCUGGAAUUGCUACGUCUGGGACUGAAGACUCGGACGAUGCCUUACUGAAGAUGACCAUCAGCCAGCAGGAGUUUGGCCGUGCUGGGCUUCCUGACCUAAGCAGCAUGACUGAGGAAGAGCAGAUUGCCUAUGCCAUGCAGAUGUCACUGCAGGGGGCAGAGUUUGGCCAAGCAGAGUCAGCUGACAUUGAUGCCAGUUCAGCCAUGGACACAUCUGAGCCAGUCAAGGAGGAGGAUGACUAUGAUGUGAUGCAAGACCCGGAGUUCCUUCAGAGUGUGCUAGAGAACCUUCCAGGUGUGGAUCCCAACAAUGAAGCCAUUCGAAAUGCAAUGGGCUCUCUGGCCUCCCAGGCCACCAAGGAAGGCAAGAAGGACAAGAAAGAAGAAGAGAAGAAGUGAGACUGGAGGGAGAGUAGCUGAGUCUGCCCAGGGGGCUGUAAAGAGGGGUGGACAUAGACUCAGAUGUGCUGUCUGCAGCCUUUACAACCCGAAUAAAGCUUGGCAAGUUUUUCCUUUUGCUGACCUGAA